AUUUCAAUAGCUAACAAUUAGUUGAAUCAGCCAAAAUUAAUUGAAUUUAAAAAACCUUACACAAUGGAGGGAAUAAAGAAUAACUCCUCUCUAUUUGAGGAUGUAUUCUCCAAAUAAAAACAGAACAAACCAGAACAAGAAUAAAAAUAAAAUAAGAAAAAGCAUGGCGGCUACCUCGGCCAUAAAAAGCCUUCCAGUGGUGGCGCUGCGAUCUGUUCUUGAUCGCGCGGCGCAAGCCGCUGAAAGGUCUGGGCGCCUACCCGAGCAAGUGAAAAUAGUCGCUGUCAGUAAAACAAAGCCUGUGUCUGCUCUCCGCGAGGUCUAUGACGCUGGUCAUCGUUGUUUUGGAGAGAAUUACGUUCAGGAACUUGUUGAGAAAGCUCCUUUGCUUGCUGAAGAUGUUGAAUGGCAUUUCAUUGGGAACUUGCAGAGCAACAAAGUUAAAGCUCUUCUAACUGGAGUCCCUAAUCUUGCAAUGGUGCACACUGUAGAUGAUGAGAAGAUAGCCAAUCAUCUUGAUCGUGCUGUGGGUAAUCUUGGAAGAAAACCAUUAAAAGUUUUGGUCCAAGUGAAUACUAGUGGAGAAACAUCAAAGUUUGGUGUUGAGCCUUCAGGGUGUGUCGAUCUUGCAAAACAUGUGAGCAUAAAUUGUCCCAACCUUGAAUUUUGUGGUUUAAUGACGAUUGGGAUGUUAGAUUAUACUUCAACACCUGAGAACUUCAAGACUUUAGUGAACUGUAGAAGUGAGGUUUGCAAGAAUCUUGGCAUAGAAGAAGAGCAAUGCGAGCUAUCUAUGGGCAUGUCUGGCGACUUUGAGCAAGCUAUCGAGAUGGGCAGCUCAAUUGUGAGAAUCGGAUCCACCAUAUUUGGACCAAGAGACUAUCCAAAGAAACAAGUUAGCUAGUAUCCUUUCCAUUGCAAAAGUUAAACCCGAUAUCAAGGGUUCUGGUGGAAUCAAUUGAUGCAAAAACCCUCGGAGAUGCUGCUACGUUCAAGGUUAUUGUUUUAAAUAUCUUGGCUUAUGCGCAUUUAUGUUCUACACUCGUACCCUUGAUUGGACGACCUAGGCAUGUGAUUGUUUUUAAUUGAUGAUGAAAAUGAUGAAACAAGCCAUUAUGUACUUCUAAGUUAUAAGUACUCAUUGGAUGUUUAUACAAUAUCUAUUCCUGUUUUAAUGAAUAAGCUGCGGUAGAGAGAGUUUUAGAGGGUGCAAACUAAAAUUUGCUGAUUCAAUCGUGCUUGUGAAAGUAGUACGACUACAACAUGGUUUAGUUUUAUGGAAAUCCUGGUUUCUUCUGCAUUUUUAAAUAUUAGUAUGUUGUUUCUUUUGCUGCAUAAUUUCUUUCCGUCACCGAAUACAUACAAGUACAUCAGAAAGGCUCAUCAUCUUUUGGAAGUUGCCUUUGUACUGACGUCUUGUUGCUGAUGAUAUAUGUUUAACUAAGAUGAAUCAAUAUAACUAAAAAUGAAUCGUCUUCAUCUAUUACUAUUUGAUUGUGCAUGAUCUUUAUGUUUUCAUUCCAUGCAAGGUAGGAAUUUCGUAUGAUAACAAAUAGAAUCACUAGUCGAAAAUUAAGAAUUAGCAUGACAAGUGCAUCACCAGGAAUGCAUUAGGAUUAGCUUUGAUAAUAACAAUUGUAGUAAACUAGUGGUGUUGUUUACUUUUACAACCCGUUUGGUUAGUGAUAUUAAAUGGUGGUAAUAAAAAUGAUUUAUAAUGUAAAACUUCAUCAAAAGUUCCAUGCUAUUCCCGUGUUGAUGAAAUUUUGAUCAAAAAAAUUGUUUUUUUGUUUACAAAUUUUCAUUACCACCUAAUACCACUUCUCUCAAUGGUAAUGCAUUGGAAUGAAUUUUAUGAAAAAAAUGAGAUGAUUGAAGCUGGACAAGCAUGGGCAUCAAGGCAGCCAACGGAUGUUUCAACUAAAAUUACACUAGUUUUCAUUUCUAUUACCAUCAUUUAAUACCACCUAUCAAACGGGCCGUUAGUACUACUUAACUAGUCCUUAAAUCAUAGGAGUAUAAGCCCAAAUUGUAAAAAGGUUCUAAAUUUAUUGUAAAAAAACAAAAAAUAGAAUCAAGCAAUGUUGGUCUAGUGGUAGGGAUGAAUCAAGAUUGGGGAUUCAAUCUCCACUAAAGCUAUUUUUGGAAUUCCAUUGUACUCUCUCUGUUUCAGUUCGAUUCACACGAUGUUGCAAAUGGGACAGAAGAGUGAAUUUUCGUUUACAAGAAACAAACUCGACAAGGAGUAUAUACUGAGUUUAAUACUUAUGAAGCUUGUUAUUCAUCUUAAAAUCAUGCUUAUUACCAUUAUCAUAAUCAUAAGCAGCAACAGGAGCAGUAUUAUGAUGCAUUUGCCUUAACUCUGUAGUAGUAUUGAUACUUGUUGAAGGUACAGACUG